AUGUUUCGGAAUGCUCUUUCGACAGAAAAGCGAGCCGCCAUCGUGGCUUUGGGGAGAGCAGGUCACACUUUUCGGGACAUUGCACGUCUUGAGAAUGUCUCACUUCGCGGCGCUGUAACAGCAGUCAAACGGCACCUCGGGACAUCCGUGGUGACCUCAUGGAAGGCAGAGAUGAAGAAACAUCCGUAUCUUUGGUCGAAUCCCCGGGAAGCUCGGCUUGAAGGAAGGAUAGCUUGUCAAAAGCCGUUUCUUCGACCGAAGAAUAGGGAGAAGAGAUUGGCGGAAGCUCCGAGACUUGGCGGGAUUCCCACCCGAACAUUGUCCCAUUUGCGCGAAUAG